CGUAGCACUCUUCGGGGUAGGGAGUGGGAAGAGAGAGAGAAAAAAGAGUAGAGAGGAAGGGUGUUGUGUGUGUGUAUAGAUGCACACUUGCUGUAAAGGGACGUCAUAGCCGAUCACACAGACGAACAGGGCUAACGUUACCAAAACAUGGCGAUGAAAUAGUUUAUGGACUAUAUGUCGGGAAAUUACUUGGAUGUUAUCAACUAUACUCUUAACUAAAGUAUAUAUUUAGAAGUACGUAACCAGCUCAAAUUCGUACAAUUGGAUCCGUACAGAAACUGCAUUUUUCACCGUCGGUACAGGCAGUGUAAGGCGCGAUCUGUGUCAACGCGAAAGGAGUGAAAGUUUGUGUUCAGAUAUCGAAUGUCGGACAUUCGACGUAGCUAGCUGGCUACAUAUGAUCUACUGACCGCGCCAUUUGCUUGCAACGUCAUUUGUGGAACAUUAAGUCUCUGCAGGACGCGAAUUACGGCCAGCUAGAAUGCAAACUUAUUCAAAAUAAAUGUUAUUUUUGAUUUGUGCGUGGGUAGCUAGCUAGAUAACGUUAACAGCUCUGCUGCAGACCACCACCGUAUUAUUGCGCUGUUAUUAGCCAACAGCUAGCUACCUAGCCAGGUAACUUAGCUAGCUACUUAUUCUAACUUUUGUUUAAUCUCACAAACAUAAUUGUAUUGUGUAGUUAAACAUUCAAAGUAUAUGUAGAUGACCACCUCGUUCGAAUUGUCAUGCAACAUAUACGUAUUAAUAUUGCCAAAAUGAACGCAUAGAGUGCAGCACAAUAUUGGGUCUCUAACGCAAUGGGACUAGCUUGCUAGCUAUCUGCAUUUCGCCUUGCCGAUUUUGCGUCUGGUUGUUUAUGUUAGCAAGUCAAGUCUCAUAAGGUACCCCCAUAUCUGUCUGCGCGGGACCUGACAGUGCAGGACACCGCUAAAUUAAACAUUGGGCCACCUGGAUUUUCUACCCGCUGCUACUUUUUAAAACUAAUUUACUACUUUUGCCAGUAUGUCCGAAAACGCCCCCACACGAAGCUUGGAUGACAUCGACCUCGCAGCUUUGAGGGACCCAGCAGGGAUCUUUGAGCUGGUGGAGGUGGUUGGCAAUGGGACCUAUGGACAGGUGUACAAGGGGCGUCAUGUUAAGACGGGCCAGCUGGCUGCCAUCAAGGUAAUGGACGUGACAGAGGAAGAAGAGGAAGAGAUCAAGGCUGAGAUCAACAUGCUGAAGAAGUACAGCCAUCACCGCAAUAUUGCCACCUACUACGGAGCUUUCGUCAAGAAGAGCCCACCUGGACAUGAUGACCAUCUCUGGCUGGUGAUGGAGUUCUGUGGGGCGGGCUCCGUGACAGACCUAGUGAAGAACACCAAGGGUAACUCUCUGAAGGAGGACUGGAUCGCUUACAUCUGCAGAGAAAUCCUCAGGGGCCUCUCGCACCUCCACCAACACAAGGUCAUCCACAGAGACAUCAAGGGACAGAACGUGCUGCUGACGGAGAACGCAGAGGUCAAACUCGUGGACUUUGGGGUGAGUGCUCAGCUGGACAGGACUGUGGGGCGCAGGAACACCUUCAUUGGUACGCCUUAUUGGAUGGCCCCUGAGGUCAUCGCCUGUGACGAGAACCCUGACUCCACCUAUGACUACAGGAGUGAUAUCUGGUCCCUGGGGAUCACAGCCAUAGAGACGGCAGAGGGAGCUCCUCCUCUGUGUGAUAUGCACCCAAUGAGAGCUCUGUUCCUCAUCCCGAGGAACCCCCCUCCCAAACUCAAGUCCAAGAAGUGGUCUAAGAAGUUUAUAGAUUUUAUUGAAGGCUGCCUGGUGAAGACGUACACCAGCCGGCCGUCCACAGAGCAGCUCCUGAAGCACUCGUUCAUCCGGGACCAGCCCACAGAGCGCCAAGUCCGCAUCCAGCUCAAAGACCACAUUGACCGCACACGCAAGAAGAGGGGAGAGAAGGAGGAGACAGAGUAUGAGUACAGUGGCAGUGAUGAGGAGGAUGAGAACCGUGGGGAAGACGGAGAGUCCAGUACCUCCAUCUUGAAUGUGCCUGGUGAGUCGACGUUGAGGCGGGACUUCCUGCGUCUGCAGCAGGAGAACAAGGAGCGAUCAGAGGCUCUGAAGAGACAGCAGGCCCAGCUGGCCGCCCAGCGCCGAGACCCAGAGGAACACAAGAGACAGCUGCUGCACGACCGACAGAAACGCAUCGAGGAGCAGAAAGAACAGCGCCGCCGCCUGGAAGAGCAACAGAGAAAAGAGCGAGAGAUGGUGAGACAGCAAGAAAAGGGCCCCCAUCGGAGACUUGACGAUAUCAGGAGGGAGGAGGAUAGGAGGCUGGCCGAGAGGGAGCAGGAGUUCAUAAGACAUAAGUUAGAGGAGGAACAGCGGCAGUUAGAAAUCCUUCAGCAGCAGCUGCUUCAGGAGCAGGCACUGCUCAUGGAGUACAAGCGUAAGCAGCUGGAGGAGCAGAGGCAGUCUGAGCGUCUGCAGAGGCAGCUGCAGCAGGAGCAUGCCUACCUGGUGUCCCUGCAGCAGCAGCAACAGGACAAGAAGCCCCAGCCCCUCUACCACUACAGCAAGAACGUGGAGCCCAACAAUAAGCCUGCAUGGGCCCGAGAGGUGGAGGAGCGCAGUAAGCUCAACAGGCAGGGCUCCCCCAAAAUCUGCAACACUGUCUCUGACACUGCCAUCCAAUCACGCUCUGACUCCAUCAGCCAAUCCGGAGGGGGCCAGGCUUCUCAGACCCCGCCUAUGCAGCGGCCUGUUGAGCCUCAGGGGGGACAGGGCAAGUUCCAGAUGGCCCACUUGGUCCCGCUGAAGCCCUACGCUGCCCCUGUCCCCCGCUCCCAGUCCCUGUGUGAUCAGCCCACUAAGACCAUGUCCGCCUUCCCCACCCAGGAUCCCUCCCCCACCCCCCGCCCCGUCCACUCCAGGGAGCUGGUCCGACAGAACUCUGAUCCCACCUCCGAGAGUCCCGCCCCACAGCCUCGCAAAAGGGAGGACCGCGGCCCCUGGAUCCGCCUGCCAGAGAUCGAACAGCCGCCCAAGAUUCCCCAGAGGACCGCCUCCAUUGCCACAGCUCUCAACACCAACCUAUCGUCUGGCAUCAGGCAUCCAGUCAGAGCCAGCAACCCAGACCUCAGCCGCAAUGACCGCUGGGAGAGAGGAGAUAGCAUGAACCUCGUAUCCAAUCUACCCCAGACUGGCUCUCUGGAGAGGCACCGGAUACUCAGCUCCUCCAAAAUAGACUCCCCCAUACUAGGCCAUGACGGGCGCAUGGCGGGGCACAAGCCAGGGGAGUCUCGCACGUCGUCCCGCCCCAGUCGCCCUGCUAGUUACAAGAGAGCUAUAGGAGAGGACCAUGGGCUGUAUGCUAAGGAGCGUCCUGAGGAGCAGCCCAGACCUCCGGUGAAGGCCAAUGACUACUCCUCAUCCUCAGAAGGCAGUGAGAGCAGUGAGGAGAGUGAGAGUGGAGAGGGGAAUGAGGAGGAGGACAGCCCUACAGACCGUCCCCGGGAUGCCGACACUGACUCGGUCAACACCAUGGUGGUUCAUGAGGAGGAGGAGGGCGAGGGAGGGGAGGAGGGGCAGGCUGGAGUCUACAGGGACCAGACCAUGCUGGUGCAGAGGACACCAGAAAAGCGGAGCCACAAUGGAUACACCAACCUGCCUGAUGUGGUGCAGCCCUCCCACUCCCCCACUGACUCCGCCUCCCACUCCUCCCCUGGGAAAGACUCUGUCUAUGAUUAUCAGUCCAGGGGUCUAGUCAAGGCGUCAAGUGGCAAGUCCUCCUUCACCACAUUUGUUGACCUGGGCAUGUACCAACCACCAGGUGACACUGCGGAUGCCAUCUCUGUGGGCAGCCUGGGCUCCAGGUUUGAGCAGCUGAAGAUGGAGGUGAGGAAAGGCUCCAUGGUGAACGUGAACCCCACCAACACACGCCCCCACAGCGACACCCCCGAGAUUCGCAAGUACAAGAAGAGGUUCAACUCUGAGAUCCUCUGUGCUGCUCUCUGGGGUGUGAACCUGCUGGUGGGGACGGAGAACGGUCUGAAGCUGCUGGACCGUAGUGGUCAGGGGAAGGUCUACCCCCUCAUCAAUUCCCGCAGGUUUCAACAAAUGGAUGUCCUGGAGGGACUGAACCUACUCAUCACCAUAUCAGGUAAGAAGAACAAGGUGCGUGUGUACUACCUGGCCUGGCUGAGGAACAAGAUCCUCCACAAUGACCCGGAGGUGGAGAAGAAGCAGGGCUGGACCACUGUAGGGGAGAUGGAGGGAUGUGUCCACUACAAAGUGGUGAAAUAUGAGAGGAUCAAGUUCUUGGUGAUAGCUAUGAAGAAUGCGGUGGAGGUAUAUGCCUGGGCUCCCAAGCCUUAUCACAAAUUCAUGGCCUUCAAGUCCUUUGGUGACCUGCCCCACAGGCCCCAGUUGGUAGACCUCACUGUGGAGGAAGGUCAGAGGUUGAAAGUCAUCUAUGGCUCCAUUGCUGGCUUCCACGCCAUCGACGUUGACUCUGGGAACAACUAUGACAUCUACAUCCCAGUGCAUAUCCAGUGCCAGAUCAUGCCCCAUGCCAUCGUGUUCCUGCCCAGCUCGGACGGCAUGGAGAUGCUGCUGUGCUACGAGGACGAGGGCGUCUAUGUAAACACCUACGGACGCAUCAUCAAAGAUGUGGUGCUUCAGUGGGGCGAGAUGCCCACCUCCGUUGCCCAUAUCUGCUCUAACCAGAUCAUGGGCUGGGGAGAGAAGGCCAUAGAGAUCCGUGCUGUAGAGACGGGCCACUUGGACGGAGUCUUCAUGCACAAGAGAGCCCAGAGGCUCAAGUUCCUCUGUGAGAGGAAUGACAAGGUGUUCUUUGCUUCGGUGCGCUCCGGGGGCAGCAGCCAGGUCUACUUCAUGACCCUGAACAGGAACUGCAUCAUGAACUGGUGAAACAACAUUGUCCCAUACAACUAUGUCCCGUAGUCAGUCAGUGUAUGGAAACCACCAGGCCAAGCGAAAGACACUCAACCCCCCCUCCCCAUACGAGGACACACCACACAGGCAGACUCAACACAAACACAUUACACACAUACAGCUCACACAAGCCUACUGUAAAUCCAUUCCAGCCUAAAGUCUUCAUGACAAAGCCUCUCACCUGCCACCUGCUGACUCCCCUAAACUGACUGAGCUCCCUCUGAAAUGGUAGCUAACUAUGAGACAUCACCACAGGAUUCUCAUGUAAUAUCAUCUCUACUCUACUGUGUAUAUAUACCUGUCCUGUAUUAUUGUACCUCAGUCACUUGGUGGACCUGUGUUUAGUCGUAACUACUGUAGUUAGUUCCUUCUUAUGUUAAAAACAUUCCUUACUGGUGAAAUACAUUUGGAAGAAGGCAAGAUUGAACCAAUAUAUGUCCAGAUUGAAUUGUAAAUAGCCAGUAUCUAACAUGUUCACAUGGAAGAGAACAUGGGUAGAUUGAAGUCACUGGCAGACCUGUAUAUUACACCUCCAUUUGGGGCGUUACCAUGGACCUGAUAUAUACUGUACUGGCACACCCUAGAGGUUUGAAGUAUUGUUGCAACACUUCACCAUAGAAGCUCACUCACUAUGCUAAGCUUCUGAUUCCCUAUGACAUCAUUAUUCAACUCAUUGUUUAAAAAUAAGAAGUGUCGUUGGAUUAAAACUUGAUUUAAUGUUUGUUAUUUUGAUGUUUUUUUGGGAUGUAGUUUUUUUUUUAAACUCCUAGGAAGAUGGACUAUCUAUGAUGUGAACAUACUAUUGUUCUAUUCCUUAGUAAAUCCAGAGAAGUUAAAGAGAACACACUGCUGUGCUCUAGCUAUACACCUUCUAUUCCUUUUAUUAUACCCUUGCUACAUCUCGGGGAUGGGACUUCCUCACCGUUUAGGAGGCUUUCUAACUGGCUUUAGAUAUUUCUACCUUUGUUUCUUGUCAAUAUCGCUAAUAUCGCUACAAAGAUUUGAUAUCUGUACGGUUUCUGUAUUUGGUAUUAGCCUAACUGGUAUUCUUACUUUUAUCUCUACUGUUAUAUUGCCGUUAUAUUGCAAUAUAUAUGCUGUUCUAGUGCAGUUCUUGUUCGGAGAAGGGAGUUCAGUUAAUUUGUUGUGUGUAAAAUAUAUACCAGUGGAAGGGAGUGAGGUGACAUGUUAAGAUGUGGGGGUCGAGGGGUGAUGAAGUAUGAAGGCUUUGAAGUCACAGUAAUAAAGAGGACAUAGAGGAUUUGGAAGAGAGAGAGAUGUAGUUGUAAGAAUAUUAUAAUGGAAGUCAGGUUUUCUUCAUCUUGCGGAUGUUAUCCAGUUGAAUAUAGUUCCCUUUUCUCUUAUUAGAUCUACUCUGUCCGCAAUCUAUGUUUUUAAUGUAUUUUAUGUUCAUUGGUAUGGAUUUGGGUAUGUGUGUUUGUAUGCAAAGGUGUGUGUGUGUGUGUGUGUGUGUGUGUGUGUGUGUGUGUGUGUGUGUGUGUGUGUGUGUGUGUGUGUGUGUGUGUGUGUGUGUGUGUGUGUGUGUGUGUGUGUGUGUGUGUGCGUUUGUAGGGAUGGGGCUGCAGUGGAUAAUACUGAACUAUUAUUGUGGUUUCAAGCAAUAGCUGUGUGGUUCUUGAGCCAGUAUUGAACUUCACUGAGUGAUUCUUUAGCAGUCCCAGUUUUGUGGCAUCUUUGGCUCUGCAAUACUGUACUAGAGGACUCAAACUCAUUAGGGACUUUUAUGUAUCAUACUAAACUGGUAAUAAGACAAAAAUAAGGCAACAAGUUGUUGAAUCUAUUGGUAUUGUUGUUUUCCCUACCAAAAUUCACAAUACUUCUCUGAACAUACUAUGAAUCUACUUUGAUUGUUUAAGAGAUCAGGGGAAAUGCUUAAGCUGUGGGUAUUUUAUGUACUUUACUCUAAAUGGAUUCUAUAUAUUAUAAAUAUAUUUAGAAUAGAAGCAAAUAUUAUUAACACCUACUCAUUCAAGGGUUUUUCUUUAUUUUUACUAUUUUCUACAUUGUAGAAUAGUAGUGAAGACAAACUAUUAAAUAAUACAUAUGGACUCAUGUAGUAACCAAAAUAGUGUUUUUAAAAAAUCUAAAUAUAUUUGUAGCCACCCUUUGCAUUGAUGACAGCUUUGCACACUCUUGGCAUUCCCUUGACCAGCUUUACCUGGAAUGCUUUUCCAACAGUCUUGAAGGAGUUCCCACAUAUGCUGAGCACUUGUUGGCUGCUUUUCCUUUACUCUGCGGUCCAACUCAUCCCAAACCAUCUCGAAUGGGUGGAGGUUGGAUAAUUGUGGAGGAAGGUCCACUGAUGCAGCACCCCAUCACUCUCCCUCUUGGUCAAAUUGCCCGUACACAGCCUGGAGGUGUGUUGGGUCAUUGUCAUGUUGAACAACAAAUGAUAGUCCCACUAAGCGCAAACCAGAUGGGAUGGCGUAUCACUGCAGAAUGCUGUGGUAGCCAUGAUGGUUAAGUGUGCCUUGAAUUCUAAAUAAAUCACAGACCGUGUCACCAGCAAAGCACCAUCACACCUCCUCCUCCAUGCUUCACGGUGGGAACCACACAUGCGUAGAUCAUCUGUUCACCUACUCUGCGUCUCACAAAGACACAGCGGUUGGAACCAAAGAAUCUCAAAUGUGGACUCAUCAGACCAAAGGACAGAUUUCCACCGGUCUAAUGUCCAUUGCUCGUGUUUCUUGGCCCAAGCAAGUCUCUUCUUCUUAUUAGCCCCUUUAGUAAUGGUUUCUUUGCAGCAAUUCGAACAUGAACGCCUGAUUUCACGCAGUCUUCUCUGAAUAGUUGAUGUUGAUGUGUUUGUUACUUGAACUCUGGAAAGCAUUCAUUUGGGCUGAAAUUUCUGAUGUGCAGUUAACUCUAAUGAACUCAUCCUCUGCAGCAGAGGUAACUCUGGGUCUUCCUUUCCUGUGGCAGUCCUCAUGGGAGCCAGUUUCAUCAUACCGCUUGAUGGUUUUUGCGACUGCACUUGAAGAAACUUUGAGUUCUUGAAUUUUUCCAAACUGACUGACCUUCAUAUCUUAAAGUAAUGAUGGACUGUCAUUUCUCUUUGCUUAUUUGAGCUGUUCUUGCCAUGAUAUGGACUUGGUCUUUUACCAAAUAGGGCUAUCUUCUGUAUACCAACCCUACCUUGUCACGACACAACUGAUUGGCUCAAUUGCAUUAAGGAAAGAAAUGACAGAAAUUAACUUUUGAAAAGGCACACCUUUUAAUUGAAAUGCAUUCCAGGUGAAGCUGGUUGAGAGAAUGCCAAGUGUGCAAAGCUGUCAUCAAGGCAAAGGGUGGCUACUUUCAAGAAGCUUACAUCUAAAAUAUAUUUUAAUUUAACACUUUCUUUGGUUACUAAACUCAGCAAAAAAAGAAACGUCCUCUCACUGUCAACUGCAUUUAUUUUCAGCAAACUUAACAUGUGUAAAUAUUUGUAUGAACAUAACAAGAUUCAACAACUGAGACAUAAACUGAACAAGUUCCACAGACAUGUGACGAAUAAUCAGUCCACCCUCUUUCAGCCUAUUGCGGACAGUUUGAGCACUCUGUACCUGAUGCCAUCCUGUACCUGUGAUGCCAUCCUGUACCUGUCCCGCAGGUGUGAUGUUUGGUUGUACCGAUUCUGUGCAGGUGUCGUUACACGUGGUCUGGCACUGCGAGGACGAUCAGCUGUCCGUCCUGUCUCCCUGUAGUGCUGUCUUCGGCAUCACACAGUACGGACAUAGCAAUUUAUUGCCCUGGCCACAUCUGCAGUCCUCAUGCAUCCUUGCAGCAUGCCUAAGGCACGUUCACGUGGCUGAGCAGGGACCCUGGGCAUCUUUCUUUUUUUCUUUUUUUUUGAAUCAGUAGAGAGGCCUCUUUAGGGUCCUGAGUUUUCAUAACUGUGACCUUAAUUGCCUACCGUCUGUAAGCUGUUAGUGUCUUAACGACAGUUCCACAGGUGCCUGUAAAUUAAUUGUUUAUGGUUCAUUGAACAAGCAUGGUAAACAGUGUUUAAACACUACAAUGAAGAUCUGUGAAGUUAUUUAGAUUUUUAUGAAUUAUCUUUAUAAGACAGUGUCCUGAAAGGGGGACUUUAAUUUUUUUGCUGAGUUUAUAUGAUUCCAUGUGUUAUUUCAUCGUUAUCUCUUCACUAUUAUUCUACAAUGUAGAAAAUAGUAAAAAUAAAAACCCUUGAAUGAGUAGGUGUGUCCAAACUUUUGACUGGUACUGUAUAUUAAAACGGAGAGUACGGAACAGAAUCGAUUGUAAAUGGAUGAAAGUACAGUUAAAAUGUCUAUAUUUUACUCUGAGCAUGCUUGUUUGCACAUAUAUGAGCAAUUCCUCCUGUAUCACAAUUCAGUAUCAAUUCUUAGAUUAGUUUCCCCCUAGCCUACUUUAUUGAAUAUCAGCUGUGUGACAUUGUGACUGAUAUCUCACGUUUUUACACACUCCACAAGUAGCUCUGACAGUCAUGUAAAUGUUCAUCCUAUCUUAGUAAGCCAAACUGCCAUGUUUACAGUUUAAGCAGUAGGGAAGAGACUGGGUGAUGAGGGUUAAAGGGGAGUAGUGAAUGACCCUCCACUCGCUCUUAUAACUGAACUCCAGGAAGAAGAGGUUAUACUGAAGGACAGUUUACAAUAAUAAAUAGUUGCCUCCUUUGUUACUGGUGUCCUGUGCCAAUGAAGUGCACUUACAUAGAAACCAGAACAUCCCUAUAUGACUCAACUACUUUUACAUUUGUAACAUUGUCAACGACUAGAUUUGAUUCUGUAAUAACCUCAAUGUUUGCCUACUGCUUUUUAAAUGUAAUAGACUCUCAGCAGUUACAGUGACUGUAGAUAUGUUGCCAUCAUGUGGAAGAGUUAGUGUAGAGGAAAUAUUACACAUGUAGUCUGUAGGCAUUUUCUAUAGAAUUUUAAUCAACAUUUCAUUUCAGUGAAGUAUUAAAUGCAUACAAUAUCCUUGUAUGACCCAUUCAUGUAACUACAAUAUUGGCACAGGACAAAUGUGCGGUUCAUGGCAUCAUUUUGAAAAUGAUUAUAUGCCUAUAAAGAUACAUUUUGUCAGAGGUUGAUGUGAUAGUCCUCUAGACAGUGGGAGGCGGGCCAAUAUACCAUAUUAAAAGCCAUAGGAGUAUUCCACAUUUGUUGAGAAUAAUUUGAUAGUAUUUUGUAUGUUCAAAUGAAACUUAAGCCAGUGACCUGGGAUGUGAUGUUCGAGGCGCUUGAAAUGGAGAUAAAGAUGCAGGUUUUUCUUGAGUGAUCAGAUAUGUGGACUGGGUGAGAUGCAGUGGGAAAUUAACUAACUUAAUAUAUUCUGAAAGGACUAUUUUAUUAAAGCAUAUGUAAAUUAUAUUGAGAGAUUUAACUAAAUGAAUGUACAUUAUAAAACAGAUUUGUAUAACAUACUUUACGGUCUGGUAUAUGAAUUAAUCUAAGCACAAUGUAUUCUAAUUUACGGCACAGAGAGCAAAGCUAUAAAUGUGGGUGUCUACAUAAGUGUGUGGACUGUCUUUGUGGGUGUGACGCAUGAGCGUGAUGGUGGAGCUGUAUGUAUUUCCAGUGGAAGUGCAGAUUCCUCUUGAUACUGCCUAACUAGUAGUCAUACUGUUGGUUGAGAGGAAGGGAGGGACCAGUCUGAUAUUGAGGACAUGUAUUGUCAUUGUGAGAUGGGAGAAUAGUCAACUGAGACAGAAAGGUUGGUGAAUGGAGAGGGUCAACAGUUGUCAUUAACUUUUUAUUGUCCAAUCUAAAUUCAUUAUCAGUUAAGUGUAGUGUUACGACGAAGUUCUAACAGUAAAACGGGCUUGUUUAAUGUUUCAGCCCCACAGAACAUUGGUAGAUCACAAAGGCUGUCCUUGCCAUAUCAAAUGUUGUGACGUUUCUCCUUCAUAAGCAAUAUGAGCAUUAAGAACAGAUGAAGUUCAAUUCUCUGCUGUCUAUCUGUGAGACUUGUGGGAGGGUGUUUGUCGUGGCCUUUGGCAGACUGAAUCUAAGCUGGACUGUUUGUCCUUGUCUCGUUAGUGAAGGAGAUACCCGUAUGUUGUUUAAUAAAAAAAUCUGGGGUCUUAAUCACAAGAAAAUAUACCUUCUAAUCCACAGUCUGCAUAAUACUCAUACAUCACUUUAACAGUUAUGAUGCUUGUCUAGUUUUGCAUUCAUUCCUUUAAUCCAGUUAUUGCCUUUUGAUGAACUAUAAGGUGGAUCCUAAGGCUGUGUUUACACAGGCAGCUCAAUUCAGCUCUUUUGUCAAUUUCCCUUCGCUAAGUCCCGCCCCAGAAUUUUGGGCAAGCAAUCGCAGCAAUGGAUAGCAACUGUCGUCGAAGCCUAGCCAGUGUUUCCAAUUUAGUGACUUUGUCGCUAUGUGUAGCGAUUUAUUUUUGUUUUAAAAAUGCAGCCUGAAAGGGUCCCUUCAGUGACUUAUUGGGAAGAGGCUAGCGACAAAUUCAGUUACUUUUAAUUUCAGGCUGCAUUUGGUGUUUUGCCACCGAGUUUCCGAGCUAAUUCCCCCCGUAAAUGCUUGUUGGAGUUGGAGAACACAGGCAGAGAAGCACAAUGGGAGGACCCGUGUGCCGUGGGUUAAAACUACAUUGGGGGCCGCAGCUAGGCAAAUCUGUGCUGUGACGUCGAAGCGGUACAUUCACGCCAGUGAGGGGAGUGGAGGAAAAACGUAGUUUCCUGAAAUGCAGAGCCUGUUGAAGCAUUUAUCUGAAAUUAUACUUGUUCCAUUGUUUGUUAGAUCAACUGGUUGGCUAGCCAAGGUUAGCUCUGUCGCACUAGGCCGUUUUAAACUGCAAUGUUCUUAGCCUUGGGCUAAAAUCUUCCUUAGCCCUGGGCUAAGGAGCGGUGUGAACGCAUCUAUUGACAACCUAACGUAAUAUAACUUGUUUUCUCAAUGUAUGUUAGCUAGCGAAAUUAUCCAUGCUAUUAAUACAACUCCCAUCUGCUGUUGACAUCAGGAUAUGAUUUGAGAGCACUAACAAGUUAACUCCAAAAGUGGUUAGUAGCUUUGACUGCAUGCUGACAGUGAAUUCAGAGAGUCAUUCAGUGGCUAACCACACUAGCUACAAACCAGUGGAAGCUGCUGAGGGGAGGACUGCUCAUAAUAAUGGCUGGAACCGAUUUUUUUUUUUACCAGGUUCCCGUAAAGCAAUUAUAAUGACAGUCCACCACAACAUACCCAAGAGAUUCCUGAUUAGCCAGGGGUAGUCUGUUUUAAUUUAAUUGUUCUGUAUUAAAACAGUUUGACAUCAUUGCGAGGGGAUUUCACCAGUGGUUGACAAGGGAAUUGGGCUUCCAGGGAAAAUGUUGUCAGAGGUUGUAACAGUAACCAAGGGGGGCAGAGCUUAACGUGGGUAAAUUAUUGAUAUAUCUGAUACCCAUCUGAUAUUUUCCCCAAUGUGUAAACAACAAAAACACAUUUGAAUCUGAUCUUUUGACUUCCGAUUUACACCACAUGUGGAUCUCAAUCAUGAUAUAAUUCUGAUGUUCCGUAUGUGACCUGUCUGGAUGAUUAGAUUUGUUUUUUUGCACAUUACCUGCCAUUACCAUGACAACCACGGCUACAUUUAAAGGAACAGUGACAGAAAUAAGCAUUGCAUCUGUGUGUUACAUCAGUGGAAAAAGGCUAUACGGACACUCCUGACCUGCAAAACAAUAUUUUAUUUAAACAUUUGUUAAAAUGAGGUAAGGGUCAGUUAGAUUUUGGCUUCUACGCUAUUUGUGGUUUUAGGCUGGGUUUCUAUAUAGCACUUUGACAUCUGUUGAUGUAAAAAGGGCUUUAUAAAUUCAUUUGAUUGAUUACAGGUCAGGAAUAUCCUUAUAGCCUCUCCCACAUCCGUGUGAAUGCAAAAAUCUGAUAUGUGCACAUGUAAAACAGUGUGGACAGUCAGAAAAAAUUCAGAAUUGUGUUCUUAGGGUGGCUGUGUAAACAGCCCAAAUGAAGGAUAAUACACUGUUCUCAUUUGGGUGGGUUUUCUGCUUCUGUGUAGUAAGUGUUUUAGGCAUACUGUCUCUGAGCCUCUGCCUGUUGCUAUGGAGGCAAUGACCUGCUUCACCCAAUGUAGUCACACUUUAAUCAAGACACUAUUCACAGAUAUUAUAUAGUCAGACUGUACAAAAUCUUGGAUCUCCUUGUAGAAUAACAUUUAAAGUAUGAAUGGAGUUGUGAAUUUUAAUAGAUGCUUGUUGUUGGAAAUAGGACCGGUGAAGGUCGGAAAUCUUUGGACGGGUCUAUAAUCUCUUAUCCUUUUUCAGUUUUUAAGAAAUUAAAUGUCUUUACAAUGUUUAGUGUUUCUGUUUUUGAGGGGUUAACUCCAGAUUGUAUUUCAUAGACUGAUGAACUUUCAAGAUUAUGUUGAAUGGACUCAUGAGUCUGUAAAAGUCUUAAUGCAGAGUUGUUUGAAAAAUAAAACUACAUUGAUCUAAUCUUAAAA